UCCACCCACCUGCAUCUCCAUUUAGCCAUGGCAUCGUCACUUCAGCACACAGCGCGGCAUUGCGUCCGAGCCAUUCGAUCAUCUCGCUUCUCAUCCUGUCAGUACGCCGGAGUCCUAGCUACGCAAAGACCACAACGAGACCGGAGGAGAUGGCAGUCCACCGAGGCCGCGGUCGCCAGCAACCCCAAGAUCGCGACCAUUGUUGAUCAAAUCAGCCAAUUGACGCUCCUCGAGACGGCAGACUUGGUGUCGACACUGAAGUCCCGCCUAAACAUCCCCGACAUGCCCAUCGGAGGCUUCGCCGCGGCCGGUCCUGCACAAUCCCAAGCUGCAGCGGCACCAGCGGAAGAAGAAGAGGCGGCGCCGAAGCAAGAGGCGAAGACGAUGUUCAAUCUCAAACUCGAAUCCUUUGACGCGGCGGCGAAACCGAAAAUCAUCAAGGAAAUCAAGAGCAUGCUGGGACUGAGCUUGGUGGACAGCAAGAAGUUUGUCGAGAGUGCGCCGAAGAUGAUGAAGGAGUCGGUGCCGAAGGAGGAGGCGGAGAAGAUUGUGGAGACGCUGAAGGCAUUGGGAGGGGUGGUGAAGAUGGAGUAGACUUGGGGGAGCAUAGGUUGGGUCACGUAUAGAGCAUGGCGGGAGUUUCGUGCGUGUGAAGUGUACAACAACACCAUCAUGGGGCUAUGUUUGAAUAUACGAGUACACUCCAUUCCGCCGCAGCCUUGUGGGAGCUUGUUUCGGUCAUGAAGCGCACAGUUGGCUCUUUCAGCUGUUCAUACUCAGUCAUACCAUGCCAUUCUAGAUCUUCAUGAAGGACAACUACUCGCUCUACUUCUGCGGACGGCCUUGGGUGGUUCAUUGGCGAUACAAUGACCAUUCCGAUGUGCAGACCAGGAGUGGCCAUAUCAUGCUGCAUCCUGCCCAUAGCAGUAUUACAAAUUCGCAGCAGAUCCCUGCCCGCGACUUCACAUGCCGCGUUGGAAGC